AUGAACUUCCUCAAGACACUUGGAGGUCUGGUUGGCUCCAGUGCCACAGGAGGUCUGCCAUUCUCGAUGGACACGCCUUCAAUGGAUGGUAAUGUGGCGGCAGGAGGCGCAUCCGGUGAGAGCGUCGUGUACGAGGGGCUUCCGGACUUUGUGCUGCACUCGGGCAAGAGCAAACAGGACCCAAACCACGCUGUAUCAAUUUUUAAGUCUCGUCAGCCAUCAGGUAAGCUUACGCAAAACGCCCUGCGCCGCAUAAAGACUCUGCGCCAUCCCAACAUUUUGGCGUAUCUGGAUGGUACGGAGGUGCCCAAUAAUGGUCCAGUGAUCAUCAUAACAGAGCACGUCAUGCCGCUGUCCGAGUUCCUCACAUUGCUGCGUAUGGAGUAUGGAGAACACAGUGACGAGUUUUCCAUGUGCGUAUCCUGGGGCCUACGCAGCAUUCUUAUGGCCCUGCAGUUUAUAAACGUCGACUGCAAACUCAUUCACGGUCGCCUUGCGCCACAGAGUAUCUUCGUCACGAAGGGUGGGGACUGGAAAUUGGGUGGCUUCGAGCUGACAGCCGAGAUCACUAGUGAUGGCCCAUCAUACAUUUAUACAGCAUUCCAACAGUAUGCAGAUGCCAGCUAUAAAUCACCUGAAUGCAAACGCUCCGACUGGAAGGCGGUGGCGUUGGGACCGCCCUUUGGCAUGGACAUAUGGGCAUUUGCUUGUCUUAUGUACUACGUUUUUAAUGAUGGUCAAUUUCGACCCAGCGACAUUUCGACGGCCGCACAUAUUCCGCCACCAAUUCGAUCUUAUUUCCGCAAAGCUAUCGACGACAAUCCUGCUCGCCGACCAAGUCCAGAAAAGAUUUUAAAGUGCAGCUACUUUUAUACACCCUUUAUUAAACGGAUGGAUUUCAUAGAGAAUCUUGCUGUCAAAGAAUCUGACGAGAAGGUAGCCUUUUACAAAGAGCUGUGCGCUAACUUGGAAACGCUGCCGCGCUGCUUUGGUGUGCACAAAAUUUUACCAGCUCUGAAACAGGUGGUCGAGUUUGGUGCAGCACCUGGUUUGAAGAAUGGUCUUGUAAAGCUGGACCCUUCGGCUAGUCAUAUGCUUCCGGCUAUGGUACAGCUUGGGAGCUCGUUAACUGCGGAAGAAUUCAAAACUGAUGUGCUUCCGGUCAUCGUCAAGUUGUUCAGUUGCAAUGAUCGUGCUGUUCGCGUGCAGCUAUUGCAAAUGAUGGAGAAAUUUACGGUCCACUUUGACGCAAAGCUUGUGAACAGUGUGGUUGUGUUCGACAACUUAUGCAGUGGCUUUACGGAUGCGGCACCUGUGUUGCGUGAACUCACUGUAAAGUCGAUGCUACACAUCGCGGAUAAGCUGUCGGAGACCAACCUUAACAACCGUGUCAUGAAGUACUUUGCGAAACUCCAGUCUGAUCCGGAACCAGCUAUUCGAACAAACACCACGAUCUGUUUAGGAAAAAUUGCCAGCAAAUUAAAUGAUACGACAAGACCAAAGGUGCUGUUUCCAGCAUUUGCAAAAGCACUCAGAGAUCCAUUUCCUCAUGCACGUCUCGCUGGGCUUCGCUCAAUAACUGCAUGCCAAGCAUACUUUACACCGCAAAGCAUGGCGAACAACAUUGUCCCAGCAAUUUCUCCUCUUCUUCUUGACGUAUCCAGUACCGUCCGAGACCAAGCAAAACUCUCGCUUGACAGUUGUAUGAAGAAAAUAAUCGAUGAAGCUGCAAACAUGAAAGUUCGGGAGGAGCUUGACGCAAAAGAAUCUGAAUUGAAGCGCAUUUCAGGCGAAGCCGACCAUGUUGGCGAUGUUGUGGCAGCUAGGACUUUUUCAUCUUCAAAUGGUGGUUAUAGCUCAAGCGGAUAUGCAUCUUCCCUAACUGCUUGGGCUUCCUCUGCUGUUGCGACGAAUGUUAGUAGGCUGGUAAAUUCAGGUGGUUUGUCGUCUGCGUCGCAAUCAUUAGCUGCAGCUUCUUCUCCGCGUUCAUCUUCCGUCUCAGACAGCACGAUCCGAAACAAUACCCUUGGCUCUUCCGCUAUAUCACCGUUGAAACACAUGAGCUUUAAUGCGUUUUCAGCGGAUGACGUGGCGGCUGAAAAUGGUUGGGGUGAUGACGACGACUUGGAUGGCUUGGAUAGCCCUAAGCGUACAAGUUCUGCUUUUGGCUCGUCGUUAUCGGUAAAAAAUGGGGCGUCAUCAUCAUUGACGUCCCCAGCGGCAUCUGUGUUGUCCGAGUCGUUGUCUUUUUCGACUUCAACAGUCAAGCUAAACGCAUCUCGCAACCUGGGACCGAAUUUAACCUCGUUGGCAGUACAGACAAAGCUUGUAAGCUCUGCCGCUGCGACGAGUAUUGCUGACAGCGGUUGGAGUAAAGAUAACUGGGGUGCUGUCGAUGACCUGGACUGUGCGAAAGCGAGCAGGCUUAGCGUGGGAUCCCGAAACGAUAACAGUAGAUCAAGUGCGUUUUCGCCUUUGAUCAUCACUGGAACAGCGCCAACUUCGUCUGCCGGGUUGUCUUCAGGGCGAAAGACGGCAAGUGAACGUCGCGCAGAGGCUCAACCGAAGAGCAAACUGAAGACGGCAAUUGCGAAGCCGCAUUACCAACGAAGGUUCGCUAUGGCCAUGCUGUAA